GCCUGCUUACUCGCUUUACUAGUGAGGAGGAAUUAAUUUGAGAUAGUUGUGAAGCAACAGUUUGCGCUUUGGAUGAUUAAUUUUAAAUGGAAUACGUGUAUUAGUUAUUGAAUUUUUUUGACAAAAAUGGUUAAUAAAUUCAUGUUAGUUUUAUUAAUUGGUAUUUCAAUUCUACAAUUGAGUUCUCAGCAAAAGAGGGUGGACAAUAACAAUGCGAAAUCUAACGUACCGUUUUACAAAGAACCAAGUAAUGGCAAAACUAUAGCGAUAAUAAUAGUGGGCAUUUUAUUUUUUGGGGCCGUUAUAUAUGGUACAACAUGCUUUGAUGUUUGCAAAAUGCAUUUUUUUGAAAGAACUGAGAAGAAAUACACUAAAAUGGAUUCAUGUAGUCAAGUGUGAAAAAGGAUUCGCGCGCUCAGAAUAUUUAAUGUGAUAAUGGAAUUUUAUUUAUUUUUUAUUAUACCAGUUUUCAUUAUAUGUUAGUUACAGUAUUAUGUUUUAAGACUUUAAGACUGUUUUUAUAUGUAUUAAGUGUAAAUAGUUUGUGGCUAUUUAGGUUGUCAAUAAAAUGUACUCGAA